AUGCAAUGCACCUUACCAUCUCAAAACACACACACAAACACUUAUUUUUUCUCACANACCUACUUGACCAAUACCACCACUCCACAUGACCCUUCAAACAACUUCCUCCUCACAAAUUUCCCCAUCACCAAUAAUCACAACCCACAACUACUCACCAACUUCCCAACCCACCAACCUUUCGGGCCGGGCCCAAACCCAAACCCGAGCCCAAGCCCGAGCAACAACUCGACCUCGGACGAGGACUUGAUAGACGAGCGCAAACGGAGGAGGAUGAUCUCGAACCGCGAGUCGGCCCGCCGGUCGAGGAUGAGGAAGCAGAGGCACCUGGACGAGCUGUGGGCCCACCUUGUACGCCUAAAAAAUGAGAACCGAGGCCUAGCCGACCGGCUCAGAGGCCUCGGCGAGACCCACGAGAGGGUCGUUCGGGAGAACGAUUGCCUCAAGGAAGAGGCUUCCGACCUCCGAGGGAUGGUUCGGGACUUGCAGAUGAACGCCUUUAUGAACUAG